CUUUCCCCACGUUCGAAUCCCCUCCUUUCUCUUUCUCUCGCUUUCUCCUCUCCAUUUCUUCAAUUUCCUCUCUGUAUAUUUCUUCAAUGGAUAAACCAGAAACCUCACCGGAAUCUCGAACCAGUUCAUCAUCAUCAACAACAAUCAUAACCCACCACUUAACGGUUCCGCCCGGUCUAACUCCACAAGAAUUCCAAGAACUGAGUCCAUCCGUCAGUGAGUUCCACUCUUACCGAGUCAACUCGGCCCAAUGCUCUUCCCUACUUGCGCAGCGCAUCCACGCGCCGGCAGAUACCGUGUGGACCGUGGUCCGCCGGUUCGACAAGCCCCAAACGUACAAGCACUUCAUCAAGAGCUGUUCGGUAAGUGAAGACUUUCGUAUAGCAGUGGGGUCCACCCGUGACGUCAGCGUCAUCUCUGGUUUACCGGCUGCUACCAGUACCGAACGGCUCGAUAUCUUGGACGAUGACCGGCACGUAACGGGGUUUAGUAUCAUUGGUGGUGAGCACCGGCUGAGGAAUUACCGGUCUGUUACGACGGUGCAUGGAUUCGAACGUGAUGGGAAGAUCUGGACCGUUGUUUUGGAAUCUUACGUUGUUGAUGUACCUGAAGGGAAUACGGAGGAAGAUACCCGUCUUUUUGCUGAUACUGUUGUCAAGUUGAACCUUCAGAAGUUGGCUACUGUAACAGAAACUUUGGCACGUGAAGCUGCUGCUGGUGGUGGUGAUGCGAUGCGAGUCACAGGUGAAUAAUCCAAAUCACAAAAAAGGAAAAGAGAAGAAAAGAAAUCUUUUUUUUUUUUUCCUUUGUCAAUGUUCUUGUUCGUUUUGGUUCUUUUUCUAUUGCCUUUUGGGGUUGUUUUUAUGUCAAAAUGAAUUCAUGAAAAGAAAGAAUUUUGGUUUAUAUGGUAACGCACAGAAUCAAGAAUCUUGAGAUGAGUGAUGUUGUUUGUAUUCUGUAACUUCGUUUUCUGAUCAAAGGAAAAGGAAAUGGUAUCUUCUUUUAACUUCAAUUGUAUAUUGAGUCCUGUUUUUCAAGAGGAAAUUAAAUGGAAACUUUAGUUAUUUUCUUU